AGACGGCGGCUCGGCGGGGUCAUCCAAGCGCAGGCGCAGUGCGGUGUUUGUCUGCCGGACUGACGGGCGGCCGGGCGGUGCGCGGCGGCGGCGGGGAAGAUGGCGGCGUCCUCCCUGGAGCAGAAGCUGUCCCGCCUGGAAGCAAAGCUGAAGCAGGAGAACCGCGAGGCCCGGCGGAGGAUCGACCUCAACCUGGAUAUCAGCCCCCAGCGGCCCAGGCCCAUUAUUGUGAUCACUCUAAGCCCUGCUCCUGCCCCGUCCCAACGAGCAGCCCUGCAGCUCCCGCUGGCCAAUGAUGGGGGCAGCCGCUCACCGUCCUCCGAGAGCUCCCCACAGCACCCCACACCCCCUGCCCGGCCCCGCCACAUGCUGGGGCUUCCGUCAACCUUGUUCACACCCCGCAGCAUGGAGAGCAUCGAGAUUGACCAGAAGCUACAGGAGAUCAUGAAGCAGACGGGCUACCUGACCAUCGGGGGCCAGCGGUACCAGGCAGAAAUCCACGAUCUGGAGAACCUGGGCGAGAUGGGCAGCGGCACUUGCGGCCAGGUGUGGAAGAUGCGCUUCAGGAAGACGGGCCAUGUCAUUGCCGUCAAGCAAAUGCGGCGCUCGGGGAACAAGGAGGAGAACAAGCGGAUCCUCAUGGACCUGGAUGUGGUCCUCAAGAGCCAUGACUGCCCCUACAUCGUGCAGUGUUUCGGGACCUUCAUCACUAAUACGGAUGUUUUCAUCGCCAUGGAGCUCAUGGGCACGUGCGCUGAGAAGCUCAAGAAGCGGGUGCAGGGCCCCAUUCCCGAGCGGAUCCUGGGCAAGAUGACGGUGGCGAUCGUGAAGGCGCUGUACUACCUGAAGGAGAAGCACGGCGUGAUCCACCGUGACGUCAAGCCCUCCAACAUCCUGCUGGACGAGCGGGGCCAGAUCAAGCUCUGCGACUUCGGCAUCAGCGGCCGUCUCGUCGAUUCCAAGGCCAAGACGCGCAGCGCGGGCUGUGCCGCCUACAUGGCACCUGAGCGCAUAGACCCUCCGGACCCCACCAAGCCAGACUACGACAUCCGGGCCGAUGUGUGGAGCCUUGGCAUCUCCUUGGUGGAGCUGGCGACGGGACAGUUUCCCUACAAGAACUGCAAGACAGACUUUGAGGUCCUCACCAAAGUCCUGCAGGAAGAGCCCCCGCUCUUGCCCGGUCACAUGGGCUUCUCGGGGGACUUUCAGUCCUUCGUCAAAGACUGCCUUACUAAGGAUCACAGGAAGAGACCAAAGUACAAUAAGCUACUUGAACACAGUUUCAUCAAGCGCUACGAGAUGCUGGAGGUAGACGUGGCAUCCUGGUUCAAGGAUGUCAUGGCGAAGACCGAGUCACCGAGGACUAGCGGAGUCCUGAGCCAGCACCACCUGCCCUUCUUCAGGUAGCCACGUGGUGGCGGCCAGCCCCACCGGGGGCCGGGGGCAUGGCCACAGGCCCCCCCUUCCCCACCUGGCCACCCAGCUGCCCGCCAGGGGAGACCUGGGAUCUGGAUGGCUGCUGAGGGCUGAGGACAGAAAGUAGGGGGUGCCGACCCACCCCCAACUCCCUGCCCACCAGCUGUGGACAGAUGGGCUCGCCAGGCCCCAGCCCUUCCCGUCCCGGGGUCAGCCGGCCGUGCGCGUCCCCCUGACAGACACUGUGAACGGAAGACAGCAGGCCACGAGCAGACUCGCUAUUUAUUCAGUCGUAACCUCUGGGCUGGGGCGGCCCCCAGGGCCCGGGAGAGAGCCGCCCGUCCUGCCCCUUCCCUCCCCACCCCACCCGCUGUGUGUUGUCCCCUCUGCCUCCCCUCUGCGAACACGUUCCUUGUGUCUAUCCCCUCUCUCUCAUCCCUUGUCUACCUCUCUGGCUUUCCCCACCUCCUUCCCUGCCUCUGCGUCUCUCCUGGCCCAGAUCUGGGCUCUGCCACCCCCAGGGGUGAGGGGGGGACCCCUGGGUCCACUUAGGUCUCCAGCAACGGCGAGUCGGUCGGCUGGUGUCUUCGCCCCAGGAAGGCGGGCUGGGCGUUAUGACUACAGCUGGACCUGGGCUGGUCUUUCUCUCUCUCUCUCUCUCUCUCUCUCUCUUUCUCUGUCUCUCUUUGAUCUCAGGGGGUCCUUUUUGGAGUUUAUUGUAUUUUAUUGUACUUGGUGGGGUGUUUGGGGGGUGGGGGGAGAAGAGCUUGUUCUCACGGGGUUUGUCGGUACCUUCAGAAACUUUUACCAAAGUCAUGUUUAGCUGCUUGCGGUGGAGCCCCUGACCGCCUGUGGGCACGGGCGUCUGGGGCUGGGGGCCAAGCCCCAAAGGUGGGCUCUGGGGGCGUUCCUCCUCCCUCGGGGCCAGCUCUCGGGGCUGGAGACUGGCUACAGCUUGGGGGGUGAGUUGAGGACCUCAGGGGGCAUGGAGGGAGCCCAAGGGGCCGCGGCCACACAGGGUGGCCUUCAGGGAAGGCGGGCACAGGGCACGCCGAGGGCAGCAGGCGCUGCCGCGGCAGGGAGGUGGUGGAAGGAGUCGGUGGCAGAAGCGGGGCCGUGGAGCCCCGGGGAGGCAGGGAUUGAGGGUGCAAGCGGUGAGCGUGGGGGUUCGAGGACGUGUGAUGGGACAGAGGUGGGGCUGGCUGAGGGCUGGGCGUGUGCAGGCAGUCACGCCCUCGUAGUGCCCCUGAGCGCCCCUCGACUCCCCCAGAGCUGGCCAGUCCGCCCGAGCCCUGUGCAGCAGCCGGAAUGGGAGGGGGUGUGUUUCCUUUUUGUUGGUGAUGCAUGCAAACCAAGUGGACGACAAAACAAAACAAAACAAAAUGAAAAAAAAACAAAAAACCCACCAACACCAAAGGUGAGGAACUUGGCCGGAUGUAGCUGAAGCAGUCUAGACCUAGGCAUCCCUGUAUUCUCUUGUUCCUGUCCAUACUCACGAAAUGCCGCAUGUUUAAAAGUACGCAAGUUCUCUGCUCUUUGCCCCCCCUCCCCGGGAGGGGAACGGCCACCUUCUCCCGCCCCGGUCUCCUUUGUGAGGGGAUGGGCGCAGGGUGGGGGGCCGACAGGCCUGGUCCCCCAUCCUCCCUCGCCUGGCCCGGCCAGGGGGGCCUUUGUGGGUAGCUGGAAGGUUCCAUGGCUGGUCCCAGGGCCAGCGCAGGCCCUAGGCCGGCCACCUGGAUUUACUUUUAUUUAACUAUUUUCUGUUUUGUGAGUGUGUCUGCCCACCCCUGCCCUCCUUCAGUGUUAAGUGGGAGUUCUGGGGGAACCUCUUCCCCUCUGCCUCUUUCCUGGCCUGCCCUCCGUCACCGGUCACCAGCCCUCCCUCUUGACCAGGCAGAGGGUGGAGCGGGCGGGCAGGGGCCUGGGGUGGCCCACAGCCCCCUUCUCUGGUCGCCAGUAUUCCCCUGUCCCUUUUUAAAAUGAAAUGCCCUCGUUUGUAAAUCCUUAGACGCUUGAGAAUAAAACCCCUCCCUUUUCUUCCA